AUGGGUCUUACUGGAGGCUGCCAGUGCGGUGCUAUCCGCUACUCUGCUAAUGUUGAAACCGGCACCAAAGCCAUCUGUCACUGUAACCCUUGCCAGAAGCGUACAACUAGUGCCUUCAGCUCAAACCUGAUUAUUCCCCGCAAUGCCUUCAAGGUGACCAAAGGCGACCCACGAACUUACCCUCACCUAGGAGACUCUGGCAAGCUUUACCAUCAUAACUUCUGUGGUAACUGCGGCACCGAGGUCUUUGGCGUUCCAGAGGCUGCUCCGGAGGUUCUCUCGAUUAAAGUCGGAAACUUGGACUCGCAGUAUAGGAAUAUUGGCCCGAUGCACGCUGAGCUCUUUGUUGGUAAUCGUGUCAACUACGUUCAGCCGCUCGAGGGCCUCAAGCAGUAUGAUGGCAUGCUGCCGCUGUAA